AUGAGACCGCUCGCAUACAGUCUCGCUGUCGGAUCGACUUUGGUUGCAUUGACUUGUGCCAGCAACCCUCCCACUGUCACCGUCAAGAACGGGUCCUACUACGGCGUAAACCAAGGUAACUAUGGCCAAGAUCUCUUCCUCGGAAUGCCAUACGCACAGCCUCCCGUCGGAGACCUUCGUUUCCGUAACCCCGUGCCUCUGAACACGACAUGGACGGACUCCAAGAACGCGACAGAGUACUCUCCGGAAUGCUAUGGCUACGGCAGCGACCAAUGGGUGCUGGGCAAUGUCAUCUCGGAGGAUUGCUUGACCAUCAAUGUGGUGCGUCCCAGUGGUGUCUCCGAAGGGGCUGAUCUCCCCGUCGGUGUGUGGAUCCACGGUGGUGGCUUCACGGAAGGUGGCUCACGUGACCCUCGCUACAACCAGUCGUACAUUAUCAAGGAGGCAACCGACGCUGGGAUGCCUUUCAUCGGUGUGAGUAUUAACUAUCGUCUGCAGGCGUUCGGCUUCCUAUGGGGAACUGCGGUCAAGGAAGCAGGCGUGUCAAAUCUCGGUCUGAAAGACCAGCACCUGGCCCUUCACUGGGUGCAGGAGAACAUCGCUGCUUUCGGUGGCGACCCGAACAAGGUCACGAUCUGGGGUGAGAGUGCCGGUGCUAUGAGCGUUGGCUAUCAGCUGCUGGCGUACGGCGGCCGCGACGAUGGUUUGUACCGCGCUGCCAUUAUGGAAUCGGGAGCUCCGGCCAAGGUGCCGUCCACGUACCUGAACACGACGGAGUGGGAUGUCUACUACAACAACAUUACCGCUGCGGCCAACUGCAGCUCUGCUGCAGACACGUUGGACUGCCUGCGUCAGGUGCCGGUCGAGACCCUUUCGUCGAUCUUCAACAGCUCUGUGGCGUCUUCUGCUUCGUACCGUCCGAUUGUUGACGGCGACUUCCUCACAGAUGUGGGCCCAGCGCUUCUUGCAGAGGGCAAGUUCGUGCACGUUCCCAUUUUACACGGUGUGAACAACGAUGAAGGUUCGGCCUUCGGAGCUGGUGGUGCUACAGUGAAUACGACGGAGGAGUUCGUAGCGUACUUGAUUGAUACCAUGGGCGAGACUGAAGAGACGGCGGCGAUUCUCACGGAAGUAUACCCGGACAUCCCUGCCGUCGGCAUCCCUAGCACUCUGCACGGCCGUCCCGCGAUCGACUCCGGCUACGGCACAAUGUACAAACGCGCUGCUGCAUACGGCGGUGAUGUGGUCAUGCACGCACCUCGCCGCUAUCUGUCAGAGAUCUGGGCUGCCAACGACCUGACAAGCUACAGCUACGUAUUCAACGUUCUGACUGCCGGAAACAACGAGUACAUCGGCGCCACACACUUCACGGAGGUUGCGUUCGUGUUUUACAACCUGCUGGGCGACGGCUAUAACAACUCGGUGGCCACGGACCCGUUCCUCGACAAGCCGGAGAGCUACAAGCAGCUCGCACGCGUGAUGACCCGCAUGUGGGCGAGCUUCAUCGUGAACCAGACUCCGAACGAGUACGGAGCGACGGCGCUGAAGUGGCCCGAGUAUACGCUUGGCAACGCACAGAACAUCGUAUUCGAUGCCAAUGUGACGGAACUUGCUUACCCUGCGCCGGACACGCACCGCGCUGAGGGCAUCGCGUACCUGACUAGCUUGUAUAAUGCCACGGCUUAA